AUGACAUCAAGCGUAGUAGACAUAAAUUGCUCUUCUGAAAUAAUAGCUAAUCGACAACAUGUCAACUCUUCAAAGUGUCAUCAAAAUUGGCGUUCUAUCAAUACACAAAAUGUCAAAUCAUGUUUCGAAAAACUUAGCACCAUUACCCUUAAGAAUGCCUAUCUACUGAACUCUCUUAAUUCAGCACAGUCCUCUCAACCACAGAUUGCAGCUGGAAAAUUCAGAUACAUUAAUCCCUCUAACACUGCUAUUCCGGAAUCUGGUCUGUUCUGUGACACUAAUCUUCCUUCGGAUCUUCAAAACCGUAUGACGACAAGACCUGUGAAGUCCAUGUGUAUUCAGAAUAAUAAAAAGUUAAUUAAGUGUUGUGAAUCUUUGCCCGUUACCAGAGAAAAUACUCCAUCCUACAAUAUGCCAUUCUUCGACAGCUUAACUACCAAUUCUCCACAGUCAGAAUUUACCAAAUACAUGAGUAUGGACUACAGUGAGAAGCAGCAAAAAAUGUACCCCCUGACACCUUCACGCAGGAAAGCUCAUCUUUCAAAAGGCCCCUUAUUCAGUCAUGGUAAACUUUCAAGCUGGCUCAGGCUGCAUGUAACCAUAGUCUGUCUUGCAACUGGCUUCAUGGUAGUAUUGGCUAUGGUGGCACCAAGUAUAGCCUCUAGCCAAAAAUCGAUUCUUGAGGUUUCGGAUGAAAUUAGCUCGAUGGACAGGAUGCUCUAUUACCGUGGUGCGAAUUCCAGCCAUUUACCAAGCAGGUUGGAUUUGAUAUAUGACCAGGCUGGGCUAACUAAUUCAACUAACGCUGGUGGACAGCGGACCUUACAAAGAAGAAAUAUUUUUCAUCACCAACAAGGCAAUAUAUAUCCUGUCCAAUUACGCAACAAAAACGGAGGGGAUAUGCGGAUGCAUUUGAAUGGAUCAAUCGAUAUGGUAUACGAGAAGCUUACUGAUGAAGAGCAACUCAAAGGUAUGCCCUAG